AUGACAACGAGGCGGUUAUAUCACCCGAGAAAGCUAUGCCAAACUCAGUUUUCCUAUUUGACACUACAUAGUGCGAUCGGCGUGACGCCAUCACAAGCCGACAAUAACCCAGCACUGGUAAAAUUAAAAUACACCUCGGUGAAAACCACAAAACAUAAAUUUAGCGUGGGCUAUAAAGUCCGUGUUAGCGUGUACAAGGGUGUGUUCACCAAAGGAUAUCUACCCAAAUGGUCUACGGAAAUAUUUACAAUUAUUAAAGUGAACCGGACCACGCCAUAUGCAUAUAUCUUACAACAUUAUACGGGUGACCCUAUAGCUGGUGGAUUUUAUGCGGAGGUGAUUCGUAAAACGAGACUACCCGAUGAUUAUCUAGUGGAUAAAAUAAUUCGCACCAAAGGUCAGCGAGUAUUCGUCCGCUGGUUAGGUUUUACCGACGAACAUAACAGCUGGAUUAAUAAGUCAGAUCUUAGAAUAUAA